GUUUACGCUAUCGGAAUUUGGAUCGAUGAAGUUCAUGAGUUGGAGUGGCAAAAAUGAGGUGGCCGUUUCUCGUGGUGUUUGCUAUCUUCUUUUUUCUUGGAUAUUCUGAAGUAUGUGCAUAUUCAGUGAAUCCCUAUCAAGCCCAAUUGGCACAUCAGAACUCCUUCGCGGAUCGUUUUGGUUACGAUAAGCGUAUGACCUAUGAUGAUCCUCGAAGCUUGUUCAAAGCCAUUUAUGGAUACAACAAGAGAGUUCACACCAAGAGGAGGGCCUUAAUCACGGAUGUGGUGAACAAGCGCCGUGGACUCCGAGAUCCCUUAGACCCGCGAAACUUGUUUCGAGCCAUCUACGGGUUCAAAUGAAGUGUGAUACGUGAACCAGAUAAUCAUUGAAGUCUACAAAGAUAAAUAAAGCAGGAUGACAACAAUA